CAGGUACACAGCCUACUUCCAAACUUCGCUGAUAGUAAGUGGUCUUUCGUGAGAGAGCUGUUUGCUGAAUCCACUCAGAUCUGCGUUCGCUCUGUCUUGAUUGUGUGUGCCAAUGAGAUUUUACAUUAUCACACAAUGGUCUGUGUGGCUAUGAUAGCGGCUCAGAAACUGUCAAUCAGGUAUAUAUAGAGCCAGGACGUCUGGCAGACGGUCUAUCAAGCAAUCGUUACGUUCGAAAUAGAGUACGGGGAACAUCAACUGCCUCAACUCUGCGUCGCAGCUCAACCACCUUCUGUAGUUCCUCCCACCUACACUACUGGCGAUUGGACUUCACGUCGCACUAGAAAUGUCUAAUGAGGAGGGAAAAUCAGCCUGUUUCGAAUUCUUGACUUCCGAUACGGUUGCCUUGAGAUCACCAGGAUCAACGUGCACGUUCAAGAUUCACAAAGACCUCUUGAAGUCCAAGUCUACAGUCCUUCAUGCAGCGCUCACCAGCGAAUUUUCGGAGGGCGAGGAUGGAGUGUAUCCCUGCUCAGACACGACUGAUGGGACUCUUGCCCGCUUUGUUGAGUGGACAUAUCGAGGCGACUAUCCGGCAUCAGUGAUCAGCAUGGACCUGGUGCAGGAGAAAAUCAAAGCCUCUGAUGACGCUGACGAGACUGACGCAUCAUCGGCAGCAGCCGCCAAUGUGAGCGAAAGUACGGAUGUGGAGCUUGACAAUCAUCCUUUGCUGGCACACCUCCGACUCUAUAUUUUCAGCGACGUAUACCUCAUCUCGGAACUGAAGCAGUUGGCCUAUGAAAAGCUCACUGCAUGCUUUGCGGAUAUCAACAGACCCCAAACCCUCGAUCAACAACGUGCAGUUAUCGCUUCCUUGCGAGUCGCAUUCCUCAAGAUCCCGCUGAACGACAGCCUCGUGGACUGGCUGGCCCAUUAUGCGGCAUACAGCGUCAAUCAACUUCGACUUCAGCCCUCUUUUCACGAUCUUCUUGAAGCCGCUCCUGCCCUGUGCUCGCGCAUGAUGAAUACUUUAACCCCGGCUUCAGCUGCUCCUUGGCAAAGUCAGACUCCGAGACAUAGAUUUCCCCCUUACAAGCCGGGCAGUUAUGAGGAACAAUGGGAGUGAAUUUGAAGGUGGGUAACAUUCGUGAGAAAGUACGGCCGUUGGUACGAGCCAUACAAGCUACGGGGAGAAGUCUUGAACAAGAAGUCUUGUUUUCCUGGUCUAGAAGGGUUAGUACUCGAUAUUGGCCUUAACACCAUGCUGAUGAUGGAUUAUUCUAUCGGAUUCUGAAACCAAAACAACGGGCCUGGCAAUUGACUAUCGGUUCGUGGAUUUGCCAGAGUGGAGACAGACUUCUAGAAGAAUCAAGUUUCGGCACGUCUCUUCGUUAUCCAUCGUAGUAAAAAGGCCGGACAAAUGGUAGAGCACGAUGAAGAUGGAUCCCUACAUCCAUCCUUCUACUGCUCAACCUCCAGCGCUCAUGAUUAUAAAUCGGAAAGAAAGGUAACUAUCUCUUAAGGUGCAACUGCCGGCGAUUGGAGAC